CUCUGGUAAAAGUACAGGACAUGUUAGUGAAUGUAUACUGCUGUGUAAACUGAACAUAACUUUGGGAAUACACGAUCUCCAUACCUCAUCAUAGAUUAAUUCUGUUUUCACAGCUUAUAAUACCAGCAAUGUAGACAGUUAUUCAGCACUACUAUUCAAUCUAAUGCUGCUUGGCACCAGCAAGUCUCAUUUAAAAUGUUAAACCAGCACAUUUGUAUCCUCCAAUCAUUUAGACAACUGGAAGACAUCCAACAAAUGAGCACAACAUGUGCUUGGUAGAAUUCGGGAAUUCAAAUUUCAUGGAAAUCAAAAGGGCUGCAUGGAGCUUAACCAGGGACUAGGAACCAGGUUGUGCUAAAAAGAAGUAGGCUUGUUGCCAGGGUGAUGGAAGCACCAGUGUGGGACCUCCUGACGAACGAUACUCAGCCCCCUACCUUGAGCCCGGCCGUGCCCCCUUGUGUGAAGCUGGGCCUGACUGUCGCCUACACUGUCUUCUACUCGCUGCUCUUUCUUUUUGUCUACGUCCAGCUCUGGUUGAUCCUCCACUACAGGCACAAGCGCUUCAGCUACCAGACUGUCUUCCUCUUUCUUUGUCUGCUCUGGGCAGGCCUGCGGACGGUGCUCUUCUCAUUCUACUUCAGGAACUUUGUUACAGCCAACUCGCUGAGCCCCUUCGUCUUCUGGCUGCUCUACUGCUUCCCUGUGUGCCUGCAAUUCUUCACUCUCAGUCUGAUGAACCUUUACUUUGUACAGGUUAUUUUCAAGGCAAAAUCCAAGUAUGCACCAGAGCUCCUCAAGUACAGGUUGCCUCUGUAUCUGAUCUUUCUGUCAAUAAGCCUCGUCUUCAUGGUGGUGAAUCUGACAUGUGCACUCCUGGUGAAAAUGUCAAACACUGACCCAAAGAACAUUGUCCUUGUGCGAGUGGCCAUCAACGACACCCUCUUUGUGAUCUGUGCUAUUUCCCUUUCCACAUGCCUCUACAAAAUUGCAAAAAUGUCUUUAGCAAACAUCUAUCUGGAAUCUAAAGGGACCUCAAUAUGCCAGGUGACAAUAACAGGGACGAUCGUCAUACUGCUGUAUGCCUCGCGGGCCUGUUACAACCUGGUUGUGUUGGCUCUUGCCAAAUACAAAAAUAUCAACUCUUUUGAUUAUGACUGGUACAACGUAUCUGAUCAGGCAGACUUGAAGUCUCUCGGGGACGAGGGGUAUGUUGUGUUCGGGGUGAUCCUCUUUGUGUGGGAGCUCCUCCCUACUACUCUAGUGGUGUUCUUCUUUCGCGUCCAAAGACCAGCCCAGGAUGGGACAGGAUCUAGAAUUCCAAGCCAUGUGUUUUCGUCCAGAGCCUAUUUCUUUGACAACCCACGACGUUAUGACAGUGAUGAUGACCUGGCGUGGAAUAUAAUACCUCAAAACUCACAGGCCAGUUUGACGGCAGAGUGCUAUGAUUGGGAGAGUCAUAGCAACAGCUUUGUGGCGUACAUAGGAUCAGAGGAACCACACUCCACAGCAGCCCCAGAGGAACAACCCUUACUGAAGAGGAGUCUUCUACUCUGCGUUUAGUACUUCAGGGUGUGUUAGAUCACAUGUUUGUGAGCUGUAGCCUUUUGCAUUCAAAUCUUCACUGUAAAUAAAUAUUCAUAUUUUCAGGGAAAGAGUGUCUUUAAAGUAACAUACUGGACAAAAGCAAAAUCUUCUAAGUCAACAAAAGAGGAGAAAACCAGUGAUUCUGUCAAAGGGAAGUGAAAAGCAAAGAAAACAAAAUGAGAAGACUCAUACUGGAAUAUGGGGUAUAAUCCGGGGUUCACAUAACGGAUGGAAUCGUGGAGAUCGUUGACAAAGCCCAGAGACUCCCCUCUCCUGGAAUAAUCCAUACGUUACGCAGAUAUAGUGAGCACCCUCCCUGCCUUCAUUUAAAAUGCUUUCCUGUUAAAAAUGUACUGAUGGUAUGCAUUAAAGAACAAUAUGGAAGUCUGCAUUUUUCUUUAUUGGUUCGCAUGCAUAAUGGCGUACCAGUUAUGUGAACCCCUGCGUAUAAUAUAUUUUAAAACACAUAAGGAAAUGUCAAGAUUGUUCUAACAUUUUUAGCGUGUACUAAGCGCUGACGUCUCAAGUCAGAUUUGACAUGUUAUAUGGGUGGAAGGUGGGGAAUUGAGAUCAAAAUUUGUACAGUACUAUUUUUUAACAAAAACUGCACCUUAAAUGAUACUGAACAUGUUAACAACAUUUAAUGAACAUUCUGGCUUGUUAAUUGUUGUUUUAAAAUGAUGCCUAAUUAUGUUUUUAUUUUCUUUGAAGUUUGGACUCAUUUUAAGUCGCACUUAAAUGUGGUCAGUUCUACAUAUGUGGGAUAAUGUUCCUUUUAGCUUUUGAUGUUGCAUUGUGAAGUCCAUUAGCUAGGAGUUGCCUGUCUUUAAUAUUUCAUCAGGGUAUUGGGACAACAAUUCCUUGCUGCAAAAUAAACAGGCACAGCACCAAAGGAUAAAGGUGCUACACUGUUUAUUUCAUGGGUAAUCUAUGCCGUAGACUAACUACAUGAUAUUCAAUGGCAAUAGAGUGAAACAACAAUGGCAAUAUAAUAAUCCUGUUCAAAGGGCCAAUGGUAGCACCACGGCUUAAUUAUAUGAACCAUUGGUAGAAUGGUACCACAUAGGUACUCAUCUUUUAACAUACCAUACCAAAUGAUAUCACAAUAAUAUGAACCUACACAAAGGAGUAUCAUUGCAGUGCCAUAUCUGUACCAGUGUAUUACACUACAGUAUCAGGACCAUGUGUAAUAUUUAAUCCAAAUCCAUUCUGUUGACAUUUCUUACAAUUUUGGAAAAUAAAUAUUCCAACAAGUGUCUCUAUUUUAUCUCCCACCUUUCACAUUGUACACACAGGAAUUACUGGUAAAUGUUACCUUAGAAUGGAGGCAUUUGCCCCAAAAGCUGUGAAAAGACAACUGGAUAGAAAACUGGAUUCAUAAAUGGGUGUUGCAAAUAUGAAACAACAUCAGUAUCAAUGUUAUAUUACACAAAUGGGGGAGGAUAUGGACUGUGUUCUAUGUUUCACUCAACCAGCUAGUUGGACUGCGUUGUUUACAUACAUACUAGUUUUUGGGAACAUUUAAGCAAAAUUCUAGUGCCAGUAGUUUCUAAAAAGGUUGUCAUGUGUGUAUGUUAUAUUAAAUUAGUAAGAUUAGCAAAAAUGUAUCUGAGGGAAGUUGGAGUUAAUGUUGAAAAUAAAAAAGGGAAAAACUUUUUUAUAACAAUGUAAGGAGUGUUAGUAAAAUAAUAUUAAAAUGUUUAUCUCAAAGUGUAUAUCUACUUACCAAGAAUGUAGAACACUUUUUUUUUUUUUUUUAAUAUAAAUUGAGUUUUAGGAAUUUUGUCAUAUCAACGCUGAUGCCAGUGAAGUACAAACUUACCCAAUGAAGUAAAAACUUGCCCAAUGCUGAAGCUCCUGCUCACCUGAAGGCCUAACAGGCGACUUAAUAUCUUCUUUAUUAUUUGUUUAUUUAGCAGACACCUUUAUCCAAUGCGACUUACAGAGACUAGGGUGUGUGAACUAUGCAUCAGCUGCAGAGUCACUUACAAUUACAUCUCACCCGAAAGACGGAGCACAAGGAGGUUAAGUGACUUGCUCAGGGUCACACAAUGAGUCAGUGGCUGAGGUGGGAUUUGAACUGGGGACCUCCUGGUUACAAGCCCUUUUCUUUAACCACUGGACCACACAGCCUCCAGUAUGCAAUACUUACCUGACAGUGUUGUCUACAAACACUUAGCCCCUUUGUGUCAUAUGCAAGCAUAGAUGUGUCAUGUGCAUACAUUACAUUAGCCUUUUCUUACUUUAUGAUGCAUACACAGUAUACUACUUCUAGAGAAGGUGUUUUAUAUAUAUUAGAUGUUUAGAUUUUUUAUAUUUUGUCUUUUGGACAUUUAUUAUUUUAUGUAAUAUCUGUAUAUCAUGUAUACAUUGAAUCAGUUCACCUUACUAUGAAUAAAGAACUUUCUAGAA